GGUCAGAGCACAUGGGGCUCUGCUAAACGCAUUUGAUUCAGGGAAGAACAGUGCCAAAAUGGAGCUAAUAUGCCUUUUCAUUUUUUUAAUAUCUGGAUUGCCUUUGGCUUUUACUCAGUUUAAUGGCUAUAACUGUGAUCCUGCCUUCCACAGUAGAUUUCCAGCUGAGCGAGAUAUUACUGUGUACUGUGGUGUGCAGACUAUCACACUAAAGAUCAACUUCUGUCCGGUGCUCUACUCGGGCUACACUGAUGCUGACCUGGCACUGAAUGGCCAUCACAGCGACGCUCAGUGCCGCGGCUUUAUUAACAACAACACCUUCCCUACAGCAGUGCUGUUCAGCAUUAGCCUCAGCACGCUGGAGGCCUGUGGAAACAUGCUGGUGGUUUCUGCAGCUCAGGGCUACAAUGCUUUUGGGAACAUAUCCCUGGUACAGAUUGGGAAUGUAUCAGGCUACAUUGAUACCCCUGACCCUCCAACCAUCAUUAGCUACCUGCCAGGCUUGCUUUAUAAAUUCAGCUGCAGUUACCCUCUGGAGUAUCUGGUUAACAACUCUCAGCUGGCAUCAUCAUCAGCAGCAAUAGCAGUAAAAGACAACAAUGGCACCUUUGUUAGCACCUUGAGCUUGAUUCUAUACAAUGAUUCAUCCUUUGGUCAGCAGUUGUCCAUUCCAAUGGCUGGUCUGGCUCUGAAGACUAGAGUGUUUGCUGCUGUCAAGGCGACUAAUCUUGAUAGAAGAUGGAAUAUACUGAUGGAUUACUGUUACACCACCCCCUCUGGGAAUCCCAAUGAUGAGAUACGCUACGAUCUUUUCUUCGGAUGUCACAAAGAUCCACAGACCACAGUUUUUGAGAAUGGGAAAAGCCAGAUGGGCCGCUUUGCCUUUGAAGUUUUUCGGUUUGUGAAACACAAAAACCAGAAGAUGUCCACUGUCUUCUUGCACUGUGUCACAAAGUUGUGUCGGGUAGACGACUGUGCAAUGCUGCUGCCGAUCUGUGGAAUAAGAAAAAAGAGGGAGGACACUGUAGUGCCACAUGCUUCCUCUGAAGAUGCUAUCAUAACCGCGGGCCCGAUAAUCACCAGAGGCGAUGAAACCUCAACCUCCAACUCACAGCUUGCUCCACCUAGCACCUCCUCCUCCCCACUGGACACAGUGACAAGUGCUCUUGUUGCUGGCGUGACAGUGUUGGGCCUGUUGAGUAUGAGCUUCUUCAUCCUUUCCAUCAGGCUUCUGCGCCGAUCCAGUCCCCCUUCUUUGACUGGCGUAUCAAACUCCAGCUUUGAAUAAAGCACGCAACACUACUUAUGCGCUUCGAAAUAUUUUUCCAUUGGAGUCACUGCCAGUUACAGAAAUGAUAUGUUGGCACAGCCAGAGUUAAUGCCAUUUUUUGCAAUCAAUUUUUUUUCUUUAUAUUUGGCUAUGCUAUUUCUUUAAACUAAAUAUAUCCUGUUUCAGACCAUCAUCUGUUUUGAUAAAAAAAAGUAUACUUAUUGUAAAAAUGUAG